AUGGCCGUUGUCGUACUCACCGUUCUGGCGACUCUCGCUGCCUCAUCCCUCGUCAAUGCCGAUACUGGAGCCUCCAUCUUCAACACGAGGGCGACAUGCUCGGGAUCGGUCGAGAGCUGUUCGUCGGGAGCCGGCUCGGCGUCGACCUGCUGCGUGAAUAGGCCAGGGGGCCAGUUCCUGCAGACCCAGUUCUGGGACACGGAUCCAGUCACUGGCCCGUCGAACUCAUGGACCAUCCAUGGGCUGUGGCCAGACAACUGUGAUGGCACCUAUUCUCAGGACUGCGACUCCAGCCGGGCAUACACAAAUCUGACGGAGCUCAUCCGGACGUACGGCAGCCAGUCGCUGCUCGAUUUCAUGAACACGUACUGGCUCAGCGAUUCUGAGAGCGCCGAGGCCUUUUGGGAGCACGAGUGGUCCAAGCACGGCACUUGUAUCUCAACUCUUGAGCCAAGCUGCUACUCGGAUUACCAGGCCGGGGAGGAAGCUGCUGCCUUCUUCCAGACGGUCGUCAACCUUUUCAAGUCAUUGGACACUUACACUGUCCUGUCAAAGGCUGGCAUCGUCCCAUCCAACUCCGCCACUUACACUUCCAGCCAGAUCACCAAGGCGAUCUCCGCGUCCUUCGGACAAGACCCGGUGAUCCUCUGCCGUGGUAGCACUCUCUACCAGAUCUACUAUGGUUUCGUCACCAACGGGCCCCUGGCCGAUGGCGCCUUCGUCCCCACCGCUGUCAACGGCCAGUCCUCAAACUGCCCCAGCACCGGCGUCAAGUACCCCCUCAAGUCCGCCGCCGCCGCGACUUCCUCCACCAAGACUGCCACAGCGACGGGCACCAGCACCUCUGCCGCGGCAACUGCCACCGGCACCUCGGUUUCUGGAUCCGGCCACUGGAACGCCCAGUACAACGGCAAGGCGGACGGUUGCCUCAUCAGCUCCGGGACCUGGUACGUCGGCGGAACCUGCGCCACGUACAAGACAACUGCAACCAGCAACGGCUUCACCAUGACCUCCUCCAAGGGCAACUGCGGAGUUGUCAACGGGGCGAUUAGCUGCGGGAGCGGUGUGACCCUGAGCACGUUCACCGCGGCUGGCGGCCUGCUGGCGUACAACGGGCAGACCGAGUUCUACGCCAGCGCGGUUCCAUCGGGCUCCACACAGGCGAGCGUCUAUGUCGCCUCGCAGUCGUAUUCGGUUACGUUCCAGUGGCAGUCUGUCUAA